AUGGAGCAUAAACUAGUCGAAGUCCUAAAACGUUGCAAGAGCCUUAGAGAGUUGAAGCAAACCCACCUUCAGAUUCUCGUCCAUGGCCUCCAACACUGUAACUUCACGCUUCCCAAGAUCCUCUCUCUCUUAUCUCAACUUGGCUUCACUGAUUACGCUUUCGGGCUAUUCCGAAGCUGUCGUUUUCCUAAUGUUGUCACCUACAAUACACUCAUAAAAUUAUGCUCUAAAGAGAAAAAGAAGGACCCUUUUGAUGAUGCUUUGCGUGUUUAUUCUCAGAUGAAGGCGUUUGGAAUUGCACCUAAUGAUUUCACGUUCACUCUGCUUCUUAGGUGUUUUGAGUCUUUUCUUGAGGAAGAGGGCCUUAAAUAUGGUGAAGUUGUUCAUGGUGAUAUUGUGAAACUGGGUUAUUGUUCUAGUGUCUUUGUUCAGAACACCCUUUUGGAUUUAUAUGCUAAGAGCGGCGGGAAAUUGGACUCAGCUUGUCGGGUGUUUGAUGAAAUGCCUGAAAGAGAUGUCGUCUCGUGGAAUUCGAUAAUUACAUCUUACAUGGCUCGCGGAGAGGUGGAACUGGCAUUAAGGCUGUUUGAAUCCAUGACGGAGAAGAGCAUUGUGACGUGGAAUUCUGUUGUUUCCGGGCUUUCCAAAGCUGGAAACAUGGAAUUGGCUCUUUCAGUUUUUCAGAGAAUGCCCGAAAGAAACAAGGUUUCGUGGAACUCCUUGAUAUCAGGGUAUAUACGUUUGGGCGAUAUGAAGUCUGCGCAGCGCGUGUUUGAUGACGUGCCAGAAAAAACUGUGGUAGCUUGGACGGCCAUGGUCUCGGGAUACACAACCAUUGGUGAUCUUGCAUUUGCCAGGAACAUAUUUGAUCGGAUGCCAGUUAAAAAUGUUGUAUCAUGGAAUGUUAUGAUUGCAGGUUAUGUUCAUAAUCACAUGUUUGAUCAAGCUCUUCAUAUGUUUAGUCAGAUGUUAAUAGACGGCAAGUGCAAGCCUGAUGAGACAACUUUGGUCAGCAUACUGUCUGCCUGUUCUCACUUGGGAUCUCUUGAGCAUGGAAAAUGGGUAGAUUCUUAUAUUAAGAGAAAUAAUUUUGGCUUGUCUAUACCCUUGGGCAAUGCUUUAAUGGAUAUGUUUGCAAAGUGUGGUGACAUGGAAAAUGCAAAAACAGUUUUCCAUAAUAUGCCCAACAGAUGCAUAAUCACAUGGACAACGAUGGUUUCGGGUCUUGCUGUUAAUGGAGAGUGUAGAGAAGCCUUAAAUCUCUUUGGUGCAAUGUGUUCUAAAGGGGUUAAGCCUGAUGAUGUCAUCUUCAUUGCAGUUCUGUCAGCUUGCAUGCAUGGAGGACUUGUGGAAGAUGGUAAAAGGAUAUUUUUCCGAAUGGUGCACAAGUUUGGCAUAGAGCCUCGGAUUGAGCAUUACGGCUGCAUGGUUGACCUUUUGGGAAGAUCGGGGAAGUUAGAAGAAGCAGUCGGGUUUGUAGAAAGCAUGCAUUUGGAGCCAAAUGCUGUUAUUUGGGCUACACUUUUAGCUUCGUGUAAGAUUCAUGGCAAUGAAAAUUUGUUAGAGUCCAUAACGAAAAGGAUUAUUGAACAGGAGCCUUCGAACCCAAGCUACUUAACCCUGAUUUCAAAUAUGAGCGCAUCAGUUGGGCGGUGGCGAGAUGCCUUGACCUAUAGAAUGGCCAUGAGACAGCAGGGAGUAGAAAAGGUCCCUGGUUGUAGUUCAAUCCAAAUAGGGAAUAAGGUCCAUGAGUUUCUGGCCAGAGAUACAAGGCACGAGAGAAGGAAGGAUAUUUACAAAAUUCUGCGUUGUCUAAACAGACACUUUGACGCAGGGCAUGUCGAAACAUAA